AUGUCUCGACUUCUCAUCAUUGCAUUGGAUCACUUCGGAUUUGAAGUUACCUACCCCCACAAAGGCGACGUCGUCAGCGUCUACGACGGUCUCGCCACAACAUGGACCUACAACUCAUCGGACUCGAUCAAGGAGCCUAUGGAGAUCGCGUUCUUCCAGAUUUCGCACUUAGAGGAGGGGAUAUGCUACACUGUUGACGGUGUGAAUAUCACUGCAGGCACCUACACGUUGCAAAGGUCAUUCAUAAUGGCCGACGGAUGCCAUCAAACUGCCAGUGAGAGUACGACCUUCGAUCGGGUCACUGCCACCAUAAGCACACCCACCAUGGUCGUCACAAGCAUGGGCGAAAGUUCGACGAUGCAGGUCACGCCUACCUCUGCCGAUGUAGUAUCUAUCGCAUCCAGCACGGCAGUUGCAAUGGCCGAUCCGGGUUCAAAGGGUGGUCUCAGUACGGGGUUGAAAGCAGGGAUCGGGGUGGGCUGCACUGCUGCUGUAAUUCUGGGGCUGAUGGGCUUGUACCUGCUCUAUAGAGCUAGGAAGAAGAGGAGCAGCAAAAGUGCGGACGGAGAAACCGGCCCGUGCGCGAGUUUUUGCAACCUCGGAGCUGGAUGGGGCCAAUGGAGCACAGAGGAAGUAUGAAUUGGAAGGCAACCAAGGGGUGGUAAAAGCGCAUGAGCUUAUAGCGCAGGCUGAGAUUUCACUUGAGCUGCCAGGAUGAUUGGGUCCGAGAAGUAAAAGCCGGCAGUGCUUUGUCCGAUGACAUCCGCGGCCGGCUCUACCGUGGAGAUCUUACCGGACCCGAGGCUGGGGGGCAAUCGGGGGCCUUCCCGAAAGAGAAGUUAAGGGUAGUGGGGCGACCAAGAUUCUUCCCCCGGUCUUGGCGUUUCGCCACUAUUUUGUAUAUAUCUCAGUAUUUAUAGGGCAUCAAAGCCCCCCCUUUGCACUUCAAUCUUCUCU